AUGCAACAAGAAGAGAGUCUAAAGGAACAGCGCAGAGACUAUCGGAACUUGACAAGAGUGGAGCGAACAGGUCAAGUUCUGUCUGAUAUAACACUGACAACAGACCAGCUUGUAUCCAUAAGCCAAAAGAUUAUAAAUACUUGCAAGGAGAAUGGAGACGUCAUUGAGCUUAGCCGAGUAUUCCAAAUCAUUAUAUCCAAGAUGAAACUCAUUUUAGAGUACAAACAAGACGAGUUUAUCGCUUCACACGGAACACGGUAUAAAUAAGGAUAAGGAGUCGUUAU